GAUAUCCAGAAUUGAAUUCUGGAUAUCAACAAUGUAUGUUAAUGAUCUUAAUGGGGGCGGGAUUAUAUUUGCAUGUUCUAUUUUAUAUUCGGCAAGCCGUUUUAUCAAUUAACCAAUGCUAGUUAACAUGGCGGCGCGUGUACUGAAUCAAGUCCGAAGGAGAAUUUUAACAAUUGAAAGAGCAUUGAACCAAGGAUCCGCAGGACACCGUGAAUUGCAAAUGAUUUCUUUAGUAAUUGCAAACUUCGAGUAAAGUAUCGAGUAGAACACCAUUUCAGACCUGAAACGUUUCGUGAGCUUAUAGACAGUUUGAAUGAGUUGAAGUCAUGCAUCGAUUCACAUGAACCAGCUAGCUUGUCUUACCAAGCUCCAUGCAGUCGAACAGGUAGCUAUGUGUUUAAGCGUAAAAAUGAAUUGUAUGUAUUUGUUGCAGAUAGUAUUAGUAUAAUAACUGCUGUGUUUUGUAAUAAAUAUUUAAAAUAAUGCAAGUUUUGCAGCACUUCCUAAACCUCAUGAAUUUUCUAGGACCAUUAUGGCUAGCAGUAGGCUAGCUAGAUAGAUUCAGUUGAACUUAUUUUGAUACAGAAGUGUAACUACGGUAUAUUUCUAAAAUAUGUUUUUUUCUGUUAAGUAAAACAUGUUUUGUGUUUUAGGCCAAAGAGGGAGACCAUCUAUUAAUGUCACCAGAGCUCAGAUACAAGUGCUCCAAAGACAGGGUUUUACCAUUAAAGCAAUGGCCAGGAACAUGGGUUGUUCAUCCUCCUAUCUGUACAAAAAAUCCAUAUUGUUGGGUAUAUCUUUGCGUCAUCGAUUCAGAACUAUUGGCGAUGAUGAGCUUGAGCAACACAUAAGCAGACUACACCAACAGUGUCCACAAUCAGGCAUAACGAUGAUGCAGGGAUACCUUCGGGCUGAGGGGAUAACGGUUCAAAGAAGACGGGUUCGUGAGAUGCUGACCAGGGUGGACCCAGCUGCAGCAGCCCAGAGGUGGAGCAACGUUGUUGCAAGACGCAGUUAUCAUGUGCCAUUUCCAAACAGUUUAUGGCACAUAGAUGGCCACAUGCGUCUCAUACGGGUCGUGGUAGCCACAUCACUGGCAGAUCGGUUCAUAACCAGCGGGUUGAACGUCUUUGAAGAGAUGUGUUCAUCCAGGUCAGUCCACAGUUUCUACAAUCUCUUUUACUCUUUUGAGGAAGACCUAAUUUUGGAUCCAAAUGACCACAUCCAUAGGUUUUCACUGCACAAGACAUACCUGCCUGAAAUCCAAAAUAGAUUGGAUUGUUUCAGAGUUGCAUGGAACAGUCACAGUCUACGCACAGAGCACAACUGCACACCCAAUCAAAUCUGGAUGGAUGGCAUGCUUGGAAACAUUCACCAAAAUGCCACAGCUGUGCAGAGAGUCUUUGGGGAGGAUCCGUACACAGAGGAAAGCUUGGAAACGAUGUUGGGAAGACAUGAUAUUCAGCUACCUCGGUUGCAAGCUGAAGCUGAUAAUGAUGACCUAGACCGGGCUGUCAUCGUAGAACCACCUCCGGUUGCUCUGACGCCUGAACAAGAGCAGGCUCUUCAGGAUGCCUUGACGGGGAUCACAGAUUUAAAACCGAGGUAUCAAAGCUGCUGUAGAGUUUUGAGUGAAUUUGGCAUUGGACAGUGA